AUGGGCAUAGAUAGCAUGAGAGUCUGCACGGUUUGUGCAGCUAACAACAACAGAUCCAUGGAGGCACAUAAGCAGCUCAAAGAUGCCGGCUAUGAUAUAAGGUCUUUUGGAACCGGCUCUACAGUCAAGCUUCCGGGCCCGACGGUAGACCGCCCGAAUGUGUAUGAGUUUGGCACUCCCUAUGAGAAAAUAUACCAGGACUUGAUGUCUCAGGAGCAUCGGAAGAUGUACGAGGCACAAGGAUUGAUUUCCAUGUUGGUCAGAAACAAAAGCGUCAAGACUGCGCCCGAAAAGUGGCAUAACAACGCGGAAGCCGGGAAAUUCGACAUCGUCAUCACGUGCGAAGAGCGGUGCUUUGACUCUGUGCUAGAAGACUUGAUGAACCGCAUGAACAGCAAGUCAGAAGAUGCCGAAGAGCAAGAUGUGAGACAGGUGGUGCAUGUCAUCAACAUCGAUAUCAAGGAUGACAACGAUAAUGCAAAGAUCGGAGGCAAGGGUAUCGUCAAAUUAGUGAAGAUGAUCCAUGAGUACAAGGCUCAGGAGAAGGAAAGAAGAUUGAAAGAGGGCGACGAGGAUAGCUAUCCCGUUAUUCUCGAGGACGAAAUGAUGAGUAUUUUGACCGAGUGGCAGAAGGAGCAUACGCACUUGCCCACGCUUUACAGUGUGUCGUAUUAUUGA